AUGGAGAAAGCGGUAUGUAACCAUGGCUUCUUCAUGAUGGCUCCAAACGUGUGGGACCCCAAAUCUAAGUCACUAACUCGACCUUUGACCCUUUCAAAUUCCACUUCUGUCAGUGUGACAAUCUCUCACCCUCGCACUCUCUCUUUUCUUGUGAUCCAAGUUCACGGCAUCAACAAUGUCUCAAGGGUCGACGAAGAACUCAUCUUGAAACAAGUGGGACGGAUGCUGAGAAUAUCAACUGAGGACGAUCGUGACGUGACCGAGUUCCAACAACUUCACGAGGAUGCAAAGAAGAAUGGUUUCGGUCGAAUUUUCCGAUCCCCCUUUCUCUUUGAAGAUAUGGUGAAAUCCAUCUUGUUGUGUAACACGACUUGGGAGAGGACACUAGGUAUGGCUUCUAGCCUCUGCGUAUUGCAAUCUAAGCUAGCUGACGGAACAGUUAGGCCUAGUAGUCAAAAUAAUAAAAAAAGGAAACGAGUACUCAAAGAAACAAAGGAAAGUUCCAAGAAAGAAGCAGGAGGAAACUUCCCUAGUGCAAAGGAAAUAGCUAGCCUUGACAAAGAGUUGAUAAACAAGCACUGUAAACUCGGGUACAGAGCAAAUUGGAUCGUUAAAUUAGCAAAGAUGGUCGAAAGCGGGAAACUGAAUCUUGAAGAGAUGGAAAGGAGAGAUAUGACAGCAAAACAAGUGUCUGAGAAACUGAAAAAGUUGUCAGGCUUUGGGGCUUUUGUAACUGCAACAGUGCUUAUGUGUAUUGGUUAUUACCAUCUUGUUCCAUCUGAUACCGAGACCCUAAGACUCUUCCGAGAGGCGCAUGGAAAUGUAGAAUGUUCGAAAGAGACGCUAGAGACAGCAGCACAAUCAUUUUACGACAGAUUCUCUCCAUUCCAGUGUUUAGCCUACUGGUUUGAUCUUAUCCAAAACUACGAAACAAAACUUGGCAAGCUUAGCGAGUUGAGUCAGCUUGACUACAAGAGUGUUAGCGGAUGCUCUCACAUGAAGCAACUCAAGGGAGACUAG